AUUGUUGAUGAAUAUAAAAAAACUUUAAACAAAGAUGAUAAAAGAAAAUUUAUAUUAAAGGCAAAAAUAGAUCAUGUUAAAGGGUUAAUAAGAGAUUCUUAUACCAAAAGUAAAGAUGGAAAAACUUUAUUAGAUGUUCUUUAUUAUAUCUGG